AUGGUUCCUCGACUUGGGUUUGUGUUUCUCGCCGCCUCGCUGCUACAGCAGUCAUUGGCGCAGACGACAGUGGUCGUCAACGGGACUGCAAGUCAUGACAUCUCACCGACCCUCUGGGGAUUGAUGUACGAGGACAUCUCGCACAGCGGCGACGGCGGUCUCUACGGCGAACUCCUUCAAAAUCGUGCCUUCCAACAAGUCACGCCCGGCAACACCACCGCACUCUACGCUUGGGCCCCAGUCGGCUCCGCGUCCCUCUCUGUCGUCUCGGAUGCCGUAUCCUCCGCCCUUCCCAAUGCACUGGAAGUCACGACUUCAGCCGCCGGCGACGGUGUAGGGAACAUGGGAUACUGGGGUAUCCCCGUGAACGCGUCAUGGAGCUACAACGCCUCGUUCUUCUACCGGUUCCCCGCCGCGCCCUCCUCGGCGGUCAACGCAUCCGUUGGCCUACAAUCUUCAAGUGGCACCGUCUUUGGCUCAUCGAGCGUAUCUCUCGAUGCUACGACAGAAUGGACACAAGUCAACCUUACGCUCACCCCGUCCACCUCGGCUCCCGACACCAACAAUAACUUCACCCUGACAUUCUCCGACUUCACCGGUAAGAUCCACCUGGGCAUGUUCAGCCUCUUCCCUCCGACAUGGGGUGGACAGGAGAACGGCAUGCGGCAGGACAUCGCGCAGGCUCUCAAAGAUCUCGGCCCGAGCUUUUUCCGCUGGCCGGGAGGUAACAAUCUGGAAGGACAAACCGUCUCGACAAGGUGGCAGUGGAACGCGACGCUUGGGCCACUUGUGGAUCGCCCGGGUCGUGAGGGAGACUGGUCGUACAUCAACACGGAUGGACUGGGCGUCUAUGAGUAUCUCACAUGGGUUGAAUUGAUGGGCAUGCAGAACAUCAUGGCGAUCUGGGCCGGGUUCUCUCUUGGGGGCACGAGCGUCGCAGAGGACGCUUUGGGUCCUUACAUCGAGCAGGCGCGGCAGCAGAUCGAGUUCGCCGUCGGCAACACUUCGACGCCCAAUGGCGCCCUUCGCGCGUCGCUCGGCCACCCCGAGCCUUUCGAAGUACACUACGUCGAGGUCGGAAACGAGGACUUCUUCUCCGGCACGUACACCUACCGCUGGAACGCCUUCGUCACCGAACUUCAAGCCGACUACCCCGACAUUCGGUUCUUGGCUACAACCUACAUCUUCAACCCUAUCCUGGACCCGGUUCCUCAGUCUUAUGACUCUCACGUCUAUGACACCCCAACGUGGUUCGCGCAGAAUAGUCUCAUGUACGAUGGAUUUGAGCGUAACGGGACGACGUACUUCGAGGGCGAGUACGCCGCUAUCUCGACUAACGCGUCAAACAUCUUCGGUACGCCGGAAGAGGGCCGUUUCGUCUACCCCGUUGUAUCUGGCAGUAUCUCCGAGGCGGCAUACAUGAUGGGUCUCGAGCGCAACUCGGACAUCGUCUUCGCCGCAAGCUACGCUCCUCUUCUCGGCCACGUAACCGAAAACCAAUGGACGCCCAACCUCCUCUCCUUCGACGCCGGCAACGUCUACAAAUCCACCUCCUACUACGUCCAACAACUCUUUUCCCUCAACCGUGGAGACUCAUACCUUCCCACUGAGCCCUUCCGCGGCGACCCCAACGGCACGAUCUUCUGGAGCGUCGUCUCGCAGUCCUCACCCUCAGCGUACAUCAUCAAGGUUGCGAACACCGACGAGUCCGCCGCGGCGAACAUCACGUUCCAGCUUCCGGAGGCUGUAGCUAGCCAGGCGACGCUCGUGCAGCUCAGUGGACCGGCGAACGCGAGUAAUACGCCGGAGACGCCCGAUGCGGUUGUCCCUGUUAGCUCAACGAUUGAUGUGGCGCAGAAUCUUGAGUUUAGCGCGCCGGCGUUGAGUUUGAGCGUCAUCAUUGUUCCGCUUGCGUAG